AUGGCACCACAUUGUAGUAGUGCUGUUUCUUCUUCUCUUCUUUCAAUAUUUUUUAUUUUCAUUUUGCUUCAAUCACCGGACGUGGAAGCCAUUAAAAAGCCAUAUAUUGUGUACAUGGGAACACAUUCGCAUGGUCUGAACCCUUCCUCAGAUGAUCUUGAAAGGGCCACAAAUUCUCAUUACAACCUUCUUGGAUCAUACCUAGGAAGUGAGGAAAAAGCCAAAGAUGCCAUCUUUUACUCGUAUAAUAAAUAUAUUAAUGGAUUUGCUGCAAUUCUUGAUGAGGCAGAAGCUGCAGAAAUUCAAAAGCAUCCAGAUGUGGUAUCAAUUUUCUUGAGCAAAGGAGUGAAAUUGCACACGACUCGUUCAUGGGAAUUUCUUAGAUUGGAAGGAAAUGACGAAGUCGUUGCUUCUCAAUCUAUUUGGACCAAAGCACGCUUUGGUGAAGAUGUAAUUAUUGGAAAUUUGGACGGUGGUGUUUGGCCUGAAUCAAAAAGCUUUAGUGAGUACGAAGGGAUUGGGCCUAUUCCAUCAAAGUGGCGUGGAAGUUGUCAACCAGUCAUUGAUGAUAAAAUCCAUUGUAAUAGGAAGCUGAUAGGAGCAAAGUACUUUAAUAAAGGUUAUCUUGCAUAUCUAAAGACCGUCAACGCCUCUACACUCAACAAAAACUUUUUCACUAGUCGGGAUGACUAUAAUGGGCAUGGGACUCAUACUCUUUCCACAGCUGGGGGAAGCUUUGUCCCUGGUGCAAAUAUGUUCGGCAAUGCAAACGGCACUGCAAAGGGUGGCUCUCCCAAAGCCCGCGUCGCCGCUUACAAAGUUUGUUGGACUCCAAUCAAUGGCAUACCGUGCGUUGAUGCUGACAUUAUGGCAGGAUUUGACGAGGCAAUAAGUGAUGGUGUUGACGUGCUUUCCAUCUCUCUUGGUGGUCACCCUCAAGAAUUUUUUGAGGACGCAAUCUCAAUUGGGGGUUUUCAUGCUAUUAUGAAUAAUAUUGUUGUGGUUGUCUCAGCUGGCAACAAUGGACCUGAUCCUGAGACUGUGAGUAAAGUGUCACCGUGGUUAUUAACUGUGGCAGCUAGUACAAUCGACCGUGACUUCAAUAGUUAUGUAACUCUUGGAAACAAGAAGCAACUUAAGGUAAAAAUAAUUUAUAAGUCUAUCAAAGUUUGAUUUCAUGUUUUGUAAUAAAAGUUUCGUAU